UUGAUUCGAAGCCAAGAUACUCCAAUAAUACCACUGCACCAUGGCCAAAACCUUCCAAAAGCCCUGUUCAUACCUCCUCAUAUUCUUCUUCUUCUUCGUUCCAAACCUUUUCGUAGCAAAUUCCCAUGAUUUCUCAGUGACACUGUCAAAGAGAGCAGCGGGUAUCGGGAGAGAAAAGCUAAGCCACCUCCACUUCUUCUUCCACGACACAGUCACCGGCAAAAACCCCACCGCCGUCACGAUCGCCCGUGCCGCAACGACCAACGAGUCCCACACCGAGUUCGGGUUGAUGGCCGUGAUGGACGACCCGCUGACCGCCGGCCCGAACCUAUCAUCCAAGCUGGUGGGAAGGGCGCAAGGAAUAUACGCGUCGGCGGCGAUGGAUGAUGUUUGCUUGUUGAUGGUUGUCAACUUUGCGUUUGUGGACGGAAAGUAUAACGGAAGCGGCCUGAGCGUGGUGGGCAGAAACGAGGUGUUUUCCGGCGUGAGGGAGUUGCCGAUCGUCGGCGGGAGUGGGGUGUUCCGGUUUGCCCGCGGCUACGCUCAGGCCAAGACUCACACACUUGAUCUCAAGACCGGCAAUGCUGUUGUGGAGUACAAUGUUUAUGUGUUCCAUUAUUAGUUAAGUUUAAUUGAUUAGCUGUUUGGCUUUGCUUAGCUUGAGAUAUUGUGCCGUACUUGAAGAAGCUGGUAAAUGGUUUGGUGGGGUUAGUUUCUAUGUCCUAAGCAUGAGUUGUCCUCAUGAAUUUCAUGUUUCAACUUUAUUGUUGCAUAUACAUGAUUUUUUGAGUGAAAAGAAAAACUUGCAGUCAUUACA